CGCUAUUAUUCAGUAAUGGGGCGCAAAAUAGAAUUGGUCACGGGCCGGAGCCGGCGCGUACUUAUGGCGGGCGCGGCCGCUGCGGCGCCAGUGCACCCGCCCGGCCCGCACGACACGCUCGCCAACACGCUCGCCGACAUGCUCGCCAAACUCCUGACGCUGGCCUUGCUGGCCCUCGCGACGCUCCCGGCGGCGCGCGCCAUAGACGAGGACGAAGACAUUAGGGUUAGACUAAGCUCGUAUAAAACUGUAGAAUCGAGACUGCUGAACGGCGUCCCGCUGCGUCGCGGCCCGUACUACCUGGUGCCCGCCGGCCGGUGUAACGUCACCCUCACCUCGCGCGAGCUGUGCGGCGAGGGGCUGGUGGUGGCGUCGCUGGAGGUGGCGGUGGUGAACCCGGACCGCCGGUACGCCGACAUCGUGUUCGAGAUGCGGGACCACCACCGGGUGAGGGUGGACCUGGGCCGCUCCUGCCCCGAGCCCUGGUCCCUGGACCUGCGCCUGGCCUGCCUGCGCCAGAAGCGCUCGCGCAGCCACAGCCGCGUGCCGCUCGACCUCAACGACUAGCACCGUGCACUCUUUAACACGCCUGAACCGCCUGCACCCGAUGGACCACUGACUACAAAUGACCAAUGUUCACUUUGAUACUAUAAAUCACUCCUGGCAAAGA